AUGAAUCGGGUCUGGGCUGCGUUCAAGGCUCAUCCGUACAUCAGUAACGUCCUGGGAUACACAACGCUGUUUGCCUCCGCUGACCUCAUACAGCAGAGCGUGCUGGGCGGGAAACGCACUUCAUCCUCAUCAGAGGACUCAGCUGGCAUCGACUGGGGUCAGACGGCUCGAGUGGCGACCGUAGGCCUCUGUUUCCAUGCCAACUUCAACUACCACUGGUUGCGAGGGCUGGAGAGGAUGCUGCCUGGAGGCGGAGUGAAGGCAGUGACGGGGAAAGUUGUGGUGGAUCAGCUGAUCGCAGCUCCUCUCACCAUCAGCGCCUUUUACAUUGGUGAGUUUGUUUCAGAGCGUAUUCAAAAAAAAGAUGAUCCGCUUGAAGACUGGAGACAGAAAUUCUGGACAUCUUAUAAGACUGGAGUCAUAUAUUGGUCAACGAUGCAGGCUGUGAACUUUGCCUUCGUCCCCCCUGUGGCUCGGACAGCGUUCGUGGGAGGCAUUGCUCUCACUUUCACCAUCUUCCUGUGUCACCUCAGACAGCAGCGCGGCAACAAACUGGAAUAAACUUUGACUCCAUGAUGCAACUUUUUCUACUGACUGACUGUGACAUCAGA